AUGAACAAGAGAAAGAAGGAUGUUGUUGGAACUGGUACAACAACCAUAUUUCAAGAAGCUACACGUUCAUCCGAGCAGUUUAUUGAAGUUGCCUUUACUCCAUCAGAAGCAACUGGCAAGGUUCUUGCUUCAGAGCCUCCAAAGCAAGGGAAUGAAAGAUGCACUCUGUUGUAUCCUGCCUCUGCAAAAGCUGGUCAUGAUAUAGAGGAAGGUCUUUCUAAGCAUGGAUUCCACAUCACAAGAUUGAAUACUUACACAACGGAACCUAUACAACAUGUGGAUCAAACAAUUCUACAACAAGCACUCUCUGCUUCUGUAGUUGCAGUUACAUCACCUUCUGCAGUUGGGUAA